AAGAAGAUAUCUAUUCAGCUGAGGAAAUAAAGUAGAUCAGUUUAUUGCAUUGUUGUCUUUAACAAAUAUAGAGUUACCGCGUUACUUUUAUUUUUGCGUUACUCACGUAUGGGUUCUGUUUCAGAGUUUGAUCCGGUUUCUGAUUUCCUUGCACGCGAGCAAGAGGCUCUCGGUGACUUGGGCGAUGACUUCAGGCUGGAUGAAAACUGUCCAGACCCUGCAGUACAACUUAACGAACCCCCUUCGGAUGCUAGUUAUGUCUUCCUUAAUGGAGAGUCGAAAAUAAACGGCUCGCAUGGUGAGCAUAAUUCAUCCGAAGCUGAUUUCGCAGUUAAUGAUUGUGAUCGUGACUAUGAUGCGACGGAGUCUGAUGUGUACUCCAGUGGUACUGAAGCAUGGCGCGAUGAAUUCAAUAAACGAAUAAAAGCUAAAGAUACAGAAGAGGAGAAAAAGUGUUUAGAGCUUAUUGAGAAUGGAAAGAAGGAGUUAAACGAUUGGUACAAGAAUUAUCAUCAACAGCUGGAAACCAGAUCGCGUGAAUUACGCGAGAAGAAAGGUGAUUCCAAUAGUUUAAAUGGUCAAUUCAUAAAUGGUGGUAGUAAACCAUCUGUAAAAGACUCUGCUGUUUGGGAAAGUAUCUGCAAUUUAUGUGAUUUUCAGUCGAAACAAAAAGUUGCAAUUGAUAUGUCAAGAAUGCGUGGUAUUCUGUUAUCCCUUAAACCAAACAGUUGAAGAAAGCAUUAUACACAUUGUGCACUCUGUACCUACUUCAGUUUCUUUUUCGUUGUUGACUUACGCAAAACCAACAUAUAUAUUUCACUUACAAUCCAUUGGUUCUUCAUUUCCAAUCACACUGGAGAGUGCCUUGAUUUAAAUUGAUUUUUUUUUUGGUUUAUACCCUUUGUUUUCAUGAGACCAUUGUUUUUAUAUUCACUUUUGCGGAUGAUAUGAUAUUCACACUAUAUUGUCUUGCAAAGAGGUGUGCUGUUUUCACAUUUUUUUUAAAAAUAGGUACAUUUUGGUUAUCUAAACUAGGUUUUGUCUCACGUGUCGUCUAUCUUAGGUUUGCUUUUAUCUAAUUGUAUAAUUUAUUGGCUUUGAUAUACUCUCUCUUUCUUCGAACGUCGUGUGUGUGUAUGUAUGUGUGUGUGUGCCUGUUUCGUCGCUUGCACGCUUCUCUUAUCCAUUGUAACUGGGAUUUUUACACUGAUAUAUAUUCUAGUUUGUGAUCUUUUUACGUUUCUUUUUCUCUUUUAAUUGAGAGACAUUGUGUGCCUGUCUGCGUGCGUGCGUACGUGCCUAUGCGUUUGUAUUUGUUGAAUAAAUACGUGUUAAUUUGU